GAAUAUACGACGAAGAUCCCAUAUGGCAACGUUGGCCCCCUCAUAUAAAAAACACCAUCCCCUACUUCACCUCCACAUAACUCGACCACCAUUCUCAAGAUUUACUUUUAUAACUGAACUUCUCUCUCUAAUCAGAAAUUGAAAGUGGGAAAAUGGCGGGUGACAACAAUCUAAAGGUGCUGAACGCACUAGACAUGGCGAAGACGCAGUGGUACCAUUUCACGGCGAUCAUAAUCGCGGGGAUGGGUUUCUUCACGGACGCCUACGACCUCUUCUGCAUCUCCCUCGUCACCAAGAUGCUCGGCCGCAUCUACUACCACGUGGAGGGCUCCCCGAAACCCGGGUCCCUCCCACCCAACGUCUCUGCGGCUGUCAAUGGUGUAGCCCUCUGCGGCACCCUAGCAGGCCAACUCUUCUUCGGCUGGCUGGGAGACAAGCUCGGCCGCAAGAAGGUUUACGGUCUAACCCUGAUGGUGAUGUGCAUCUGCUCCAUCGCGUCGGGCCUCUCAUUCGGCCGCGACGCCAAGGCCGUCAUGGCCACCCUCUGCUUCUUCCGUUUCUGGUUGGGCUUCGGCAUCGGCGGCGACUACCCCCUCUCCGCCACCAUCAUGUCCGAGUACGCCAACAAGAAGACCCGUGGCGCCUUCAUCGCAGCUGUGUUUGCCAUGCAGGGCUUCGGCAUCCUCGCCGGCGGCAUCUUUGCCAUGACACUUUCUGCCAUCUUCGACGCGACCUUCAAGUCUCCACCCUACGAGGUGGACCCCUCUGCCUCCACCAUUCCUCAAGCCGACUACCUUUGGCGGAUUGUCCUCAUGGUCGGCGCCCUUCCCGCCCUCCUCACCUUCUACUGGCGCCUCAAGAUGCCCGAAACCGCCCGCUACACCGCUCUCGUCGCCAAGGACGCCAAGCGCGCCGCCGCCGACAUGGCCAAGGUCCUCCAAGCCGACAUCGAGGCCGAGCAACACAAGGCUGAGGCCAUGGCCAGCCGGCAGGAGGGCUACAACCUCUUCUCCAAGGAGUUUCUCCAUCGCCACGGCAGCCACCUCCUCGGCACCACUAGCACAUGGUUUCUCCUCGACAUCGCCUUCUACAGCCAGAAUCUCUUCCAGAAAGACAUCUUCACCGCCAUCGGUUGGAUCCCGCCGGCCAAGACCAUGAAUGCUAUCCAUGAGGUCUACACCAUCUCGCGGGCUCAGACGCUCAUUGCCCUCUGCUCCACUGUGCCGGGCUACUGGUUCACGGUGGCACUCAUCGACGUCAUCGGCCGCUUCACCAUCCAGCUUGGCGGAUUCUUCUUCAUGACUGUGUUCAUGUUCGCCCUCGCCAUCCCUUAUAAUCAUUGGACUCAGCCUGAACACAGAAUAGGGUUUGUGGUGAUGUACUCGCUCACAUUCUUCUUCGCCAACUUUGGCCCUAAUGCCACAACGUUUGUUGUCCCGGCUGAGAUAUUCCCGGCAAGGUUUCGCUCGACCUGCCACGGCAUCUCGGCUGCCUCUGGGAAGCUUGGGGCCAUCGUGGGUGCGUUUGGGUUUCAGAUACUAGCGCAGAGUCAAGACCCCAAGAAGGUUGAUGUUGGGUACCAUCCAGGAAUUGGGGUGAAGAAUUCUUUGAUUGUUUUGGGAGUGGUCAAUCUCCUAGGGUUGUUGUUCACUUUCUUGGUGCCUGAGGCCAAGGGGAAAUCUUUGGAGGAUUUGAGUGGAGAAAAUGAGGAGGCUACUGAUUGAGCAAGUGGUAAUUGAGACCAUUAAUUUUUGUUUCGAGAAAUUAAUUAAUUAGGGGUUUUUUUUUUCUAUUUCUGGUAGGAUAAUUAAUUAUGUGUGUAUGUAUAGUGUUUUAGUUAUUUGUACUAUGUUAGUGAUAAGUGUAAUGUGGUCUCUGCCAAAAUUAUCAGUAAUAACUAAGUUUUGUAUUUUUUUUUUGAGGCGAACUAAGUUUUGUAUAUAUUAAUUGUUCAAUAUCUUUUUAGUUGGAUUAAUUGGAUAAAGAAAUUAGAGGGUGUUUGGCUAAGCUUAUUUUAAAGAGCUUAUAAGCUCUUGGAGCUUAUAAGAUAUUUUAAGAGCUUAUAAGAUGUAAUUCUUUAAAAGCUUAUAAGUUAUCAAAGUGUUUGGAUAAUUGAACUUAUAAGUUAGAGAGAUAUUUUUUUUACUAGAGAGAGAAAAUCGAAGAAAAAUGAACUUGAAUGAUAUAUGAUGAAAAUAAUAAAUUAUAGUUUAAAAAUAUUUAUAAAAUGAUUAUUGCAUAUAAGAUCAUAAAAAAAUAAGUUGGGGUAGAGAACUUAUUUUUUGGAGAGCUUAAGCUCUUGGAGCUUAUAAGCUGUUUUGCAGCUUAUUUUGCCAAACACUUUGAAUAAACUUAUAAGCUUCUAAACACUUUGGAUGUAGCAUACAACGUCUUUGAACAAAUUCUCGACACUACUGGAGACCUGAUCACCAUAUAUAUAUUAUUAUCACAAAGUUUCAACUUAUAACAAUCUCUCUCUCUCUCUCGCACAAAUUAAUUCACAACUUUUCGACACCAGCAACAUAUAUUGCAUAUGGUCUUAUUAUCAGGCUGAAGUUUAUAUGAAGACUUAAAGCAAUCUCUCUGUGUCUUUCACAAUGUAACUAGCUCACAACUUUUCUAUCUACAACAUUGCACUAUGAGACUAUACAUUAUGAAUGCCUUGGGGCAAUUCGAAAAUCUAAGAUUGAAAUUCAUGUACUUGAUUUCAUUUCAAAUGGGAUUUGCCCCCAUCUAGAAAUAAAACGGACUAAUCCUAAGUCGAAGGGUUGAAAGUCAUAAACAAAUUAGGGAAAAUGAUGCAUGUUAUUAUGUAUACGGGUUUAACAGAAACAAUAAUUCUUGCAUAAGUGAUUAAACCACAUAUAUAGGAUUGAAGAAUGAGCAUAAAAACUAACUAGGUAA